UUAGCGUGACUCUCUCGCUCUCGCUCUCACUAUCUUUACCUCUCACUAUCUCUCUCCCUCUGCAUCUCCAUCUCCGCCAUCUCGUCUCUCCCUCUCCCGUCCUCGAUUUCUCUCCCUUCCUCUCCCUACCCCUCUCGAUCUCCCGCCCCCGCACGACUCCCCCCCCCCCCCUCUCUCUCUCUCUCUCUCCCCACCCCCGCAUGACUCCACCUUCUUCUUGGCAGUGCAAGAGCUCGAAGAGGUCGAUCAGCCUCCAUCAAGAUCGAGAGACAAAGUUAUUGGGCAUUUGGAAGGAAAGCGCUAGGGUGCCUCUAUUGAUAACAUGCUCACAUGGAACUUCUGAUUCCCAUUGAUCUCUUUGUACAAAUCAUCGGAUCAAUGUAAAAUGGAGAAAAUUGAUAUCUCCUGCUUCUUUUGGAUUAUACAGAGGAUUAGGGUUUUCAUGUUGGGACCUCGAGCACAACAUCUAAGCCAUCUAACUAGAGGAAAAAGUGAAUCCAUUUUCACGACUUCAUGUUGGGUGUCCAUAGUCGCCUUUAAUUGGUGCCAACUGUCAUAGAGUUCGUGAUAGAACUGCUUUACUUGCAAUGGAUGGAUCCAAACCAGCCAAUUUAUCUUUACAUCAAUUCAACUGGAACGACUCGUGAUGAUGGUGAAACGGGUUUUGAUAUGAAACUAAUCAAUGUAAAUCGAACUUGCAAAGUUACAAAGGUGAUGCCCCUUUCUCUUUUAUUUGGGUUCUUUCUUAGGAAUAAAAUUCAUUUCUCUAUUGUAUGUGAUCUUUCUCUUCACUUCAUGUUUCAGGGAGGACAAGUGGUCAAGUACACUACCAUGUUAGCUUGUGGCAACUAUCAUGGAGUUGUGGGCUUUGCAAAAGGAAAAGGCCUAGCAAUUCCCAUUGCCCUCCAGAAGCAAAAGAGUGACUAUUUUACCUCCAUUUGUUGCCAUUCUGAGACGCUGGUAGCCACUUUUGGCAGUAUUCAUGAACUUACUUCUUCAGAUGGUCUGAAUCCCCUCGUUGUUGAUGAUCGUGCUUUGGCAGCAGAUGCAUUGCCUCUUGAGGGAGGAAGAUGGUGCAACAAUGUUAUGACUUGCCUCUCAUGAAAAGAAAACCAUUUGGGUUCAUCCAAGAAGACUGGGUUUGAUGUCUACUUCUCCAUGGCUAGGGGGAAUGCCACUUUGCCUGCUAUGGAAAUGACCAAGUGCUUCGACAUCAGCUAGUAAGCCAUUGUUAUUAAGGUGUCUCUUGCUUGAUUUUAUACAUUAAGGUUCUCUUAUCAUAUUCAAUUUGUAAGAUGAUCCAAGUGUACA